CUUUCCCCAGUUAAUCUACACUUUACUGUAAUAAGCAGUAAUACGGUACAAGAGGUUGUGCUAAAUUUUGAAUAUAGUCAUAUAUCCAAUACAGCAUGACUUUGAGUGCCUUAUUGCUUUUCUAAAACUUUUACUACAUAAUAAAAAAUAUUAAGGGCACAAACUUUCAUUAAAACGUUAGUGUAUUAUGCAGCUACAUUAAGUAGCCUCUUCCUAGAUAAAUGUAGUCCUUGGCAUGUAAACAAAUGUUAUUUUUGGACCAGCAUACCUCUAUUUGUCCAAUGUUUAUUGUGUGCAGUAUCAGAAUUUUUUGAGUAUAUGGCACUUGCAUAACAUUUUUGCAAAAACGUGCAGUAUACAGCAACUUUAUGCCACAAUGCAAGAGUAGUAAAUGCUUCUGACACAACUUACAUAGACAUGUAUAAUAGCUGUUUUUAUUUUUGAAUUACACAUUAUUAAUAUAGUCAUGUGGCAUACUAGCGAUUUAAACAUAAUGCACAAUGUUUGACAUACAUAUUUCAUACUAUUACAGUAGCUACUAUAUCAUGCUAUAACAAUAGCUACAUUCCACGUCAUAGAUACAUAUAUUGUGUAUUUUAGCAUGACUGUAAUGCUGUAUUAAUAUCCAGAACUGGAACUAUCCGUUUCAUGAUCGUAUUUUGGUGGUAAUCCAAGCAUGUCUUUAUCUUGUUCUUAGACAGUGACCUCUCUGUAAUGGUAAAAUAGAUUGCCUUUACCACAGAGAACUAGUGAACAAAUGGUUUUUCUUAACUACAAAGCUUUUUGUGUUGUUACCAGAAGAAGCAGUCAACUAAUGUACAGUAUGCAAAAAUUGUUUUCCUCCAUCUCUGUAAUACACUCACUUCCAUAUAUGGAGCUCUCUCAAGCUCUCAUGAUGUGACUUCCUUAACCUCAUGUACUGUAAAUCUUUCUGUAAAUAAGGCAAGUGUUUUUACUAAUAUUUUUGUGUUUAAACAAGUGGGUUUGUCUAUUCCUCCAAUUUAGAAUGAAAAUGAAACCGAGCAGGAUGGGCACACUGUCAGGUUUGGCUCUUUAACUGAGAAAGGCCGGGUAUGUUUAAUAAAAGUUUCAAUUUCUGCCCUUCACCUUUACGUUUUCUUUCCCAGAUUUUAUUAAUCCAUUUUACCCUGUGUCAUUAUGGCAUCUAGCCUGCAAUGCAUGCUCUUUUCAUGUUUCUCCUAUCACCUUAUUUUCCCUUUCACUCCUUCUACAUUUGCUCACUGUAAAAAGAACCAUAGAACCAAGAACCAUCUGAACCAUGCAAAGAAUGUAUGUAUAAAUAAUAUUUCAUAUGUUAUGGUUAAUAUAAUGGCUAAUAUUGUAAAUACAGUACAGCUUACUUUUUAUUUUCUAAGUGUAUGUUAAAAAAUUAAUCUGUGCAUGUAUUUUAUUUUUUAAAAACUGUUAUAAUGUAUAGCAUAGAAGAUGCUACUUUUUAGUGCUCAUUUAAUCUAGCAUAGUAAAAGACUUCUAUAUUUCAAUAGAAAAAAGUAUCAACUUAAAAUAUCAGAAUGUUGCUAUUUAAAAACAAAUACUGUUCAUGCCUAAUGUCAAUAUACUGUAGGUGUUAUCAUUUUUUAUUUUAAUUGUUGUUUUUAUAUAUAUGCCUAUAUAGAUAUCAUGAGUUAAUAUACAGUAGAUGCCUAUGGCUUAUAAAAGCCUAUGUCAAGCUGUCUUGUGACACAUGGGUAAUGUUUCCGUACUUCAGGGGUUCCCUGUAAAGAGGAGCCCACAUUUUCCUAGUGUCUGACGUAUGUAUUUGUACUCACUGUCUCACUGACCUUUCGAAAGGAAAUAAAUAAUGUUUUGAAUGUACUUGGCCACAGGAUCUAUGUUAUUUGUAGAUAUCAUGUCGGGUCUGCCGCAGUCAGGUUUACUUCACUGAUGACACUUGGAUCACGAGGAGACUUUUACUACAGUAUAGUAGUACAGCAACUUGGAAACAUGCUAUUGAGAAAGCCAAAGCCAUGCCAGAUCCUUGGGCCGAGUUCCAUCUGGAGGAAAUCGAGACGGAGCGCUGCACUCGAUACAGAUACAAUGCGGUUACUGGUGAAUGGGCAAAAGAUGACAUAUUUAUCAAGGUUUCCUCUCAGCCAUUUGGAAAAGGAGCCAUGAGGGAAUGCUUUAGAUCGAAGAAGUUGUCAAACUUUUCCCACAGCAGCAACUGGAAAUCGGCCUCAAACUAUGUGGCCAAGAGAUACAUGGAGACCGUGGACAGAAAUGUUUACUUUGAGGAUGUGAGGUUACAAAUGGAGGCUAAAUUAUGGGGCGAGGAGUUCAAUCGCCACAGGCCUCCUAAACAGGUUGACAUCAUGCAGAUGUGUGUUGUGGAAAUGACUGGUCGCCCUGGGAGCCCUUUAUUUCACCUGGAACACUACAUUGAGGGGAAGUACACAAAGUACAACUCCAACUCUGGUUUUGUGAGGGACGAUAACAUCCGGCUUACACCCCAGGCAUUCAGUCAUUUCACAUUUGAGCGCUCUGGACACCAGCUGAUAGUGGUGGACAUUCAGGGUGUUGGGGACCUUUACACAGACCCUCAGAUCCACACUGAGAAGGGGACUGACUUUGGAGAUGGCAACCUAGGUGUGCGUGGCAUGGCUCUUUUCUUCCACUCUCACCUGUGUAAUAAGAUCUGUAGGAGUAUGAGUCUCACUCGCUUCGACCUGUCCCCUUCUGAAUCUGCACAACUGAACUGCACCAACAAAUUGCUGCAGUCAGCUCAGACUGUCCUCCGUGGAUGUGAAGAGCAUUGUGGUUCGCCCAGGGUCCGAACGACCUCUCUCGGCCACAUGCCUGUUCUCCUCUCCCGGCUCUCUGAGACUUCCUUGGUUGAUGAAAGCAGUGACACAGACUCGGUUCCCUGUUCUCCUCUUAGUAUGGGCAUCUCUGCAGGCCGAUCACCCUUGGGCUGGUCGUUCAUGAAUGAAAUGAAUGAGGCACAUCGAGCUAACGGAGAUCACAGGGACUCAGAGAAUGGAGGAGACAGUGGUUACCCCAGUGAGAAACGCAGUGAAGGAGACUUAGUUGAACAUCACAGUCAGGGACAUCCCUUCUACAACAGACAUUACUCAGAAUCGGAUGAGGACAGUGUUCGUCGGCUGACAGAAGAAAAAUGGAGUUUUUACCAUUCAUCUCGCUCCCACAUACACAGACCUUCCUGUGUGGCAAUGGAAGUAGAAAGACUUAACACUAUGCUUCUCGAAAGGAAAAUUGGUAAAUCCAUUCUAGGCAAGGUACAUCUAGCCAUGGUUCGCUACCACGAGGCUGGGCGCUUUUGUGAGAAGGAUGCACCAUGGGACCAGAUUUCUGCAAUGUACCAUUUGGAAAGGGCUGCCAUGUGCGGGGAGCUUGAGGCUAUAGUUGCCCUUGGCCAAUGUUACCUUCAGCUGCCACAUCACAUUCUACCAGAGAUCGAAUUAGAGGCUUCUGAGGAAAACAGCAAGAAGGGUUUCCGCUUUCUGCUGCAGGCCGCUGAGGCAGGAGACCGGCCAAGUAUGAUUCUAGUAGCACGAGCAUUCGACACGGGUUUCAACCUCCCUUCUGAUAGGGUUAUGGACUGGAAACACGCCGUGCACUGGUAUGACUCUGCCCUUAAGAUGACAGACUACGACGAAGGGGGAGAGUUUGAUGGGAUAAAGGAUGAGCCGCGCUACCUUCUGUUGGCACGAUUGGCUGAGAUGUACCAGGAGGGAGGGCACAACCUGGAUGCAGACCCCCAAAGAGCAGGUGAUCUUUUCACUGAGGCUGCCGAUGCUGCAAUGGAGGCCAUGAAGGGCAGACUGGCCAAUCAGUACUACAUGAAAGCAGAGGAAGCAUGGUCUAUGAUGGAAGAAUGAAAGUGCUGGUGUGCAAAAAAAGCAUGAGCACGGUUCCUAUUGUGCACCCAGCCCCUGUUUACAUGCUGUUUUCAAUGCCUUAUAUUCUCCUUGGGUCCCUUUGACCUCAGAGAAAUAAUGUUGAUAUUGGAUAAAUUUUCUAAUGAAUGUGACAAGGGCAUACGCUGAUUCCAGAUCAGCAAUAUACUGAGGUGCUAAAUACACAUACUCUCCUGGUUAAUUUUUCAAUAAGUAUAGUUGCACAGUGUCUGCAGCCUGUUCAGGUUGCUUCAUGGGAAUACAUUCAUUACCUCUUAAUAAUUUCUUUCUCUUGUUUCUAAAAGACAACUGGAUGUUUCUUUAAUAAACAUGUUGUGACUGUUAAAAAUGGCAUUACUGAUGAUUGAUCUUACUUCUGUAUAAUUAAUUUGCUAGUAUUGUUAUAUCAGAUGUCUAAGAAUAUUAAGCAUCAAUAGCUAUUGCUGUGAGUUUUAACCUGUUCUGUUUUGACUGUCAAAAAACUUUCAUAAUUCAUCAUAAUCAAGGAGUGCAGAAGUGAGUGUGAUCAUUUUUGCUGGUCAUUUUCAAAAAGAUUACAAAGAAACAAACAAUAAAAUCAUUUUUUAAAAA